AUGGCUAUUCUGAUAUUUACGCGUGUUACUUUUGUCUGCUGUAUAAUUCUUGGUAGUGUACGUGGAAGUGAGAAAAUUCACUCGGACAACAUAACUCUCAUUUUGGAUCGAUUUUUGGAUGGUUAUGACAACAGAUUGCGACCUGGAUCCGGAGGUGGUAUUACAGAGGUGAAAACAGACAUCUUUGUCACCAGCUUUGGACCAGUAUCAGAUGUUGAGAUGGAGUACACCAUGGACAUGUUCUUCCGUCAGAUGUGGGUUGACGAGCGGCUAAAGUUUGAAGGCCCCUCCGAAAUCCUGCGGCUGAACAACCGCAUGGUGGACAAGAUCUGGACGCCAGAUUAUUUUUUCCGAAACUCCAAGAAGUCCAUCUCUCAUAACAUGACCACACCAAACAAACUCUUCCGCAUCAUGCAGAACGGGACUGUCCUCUACACCAUGAGGUUGACAAUCAUUUCAGAAUGUCCAAUGAGACUCAUGGACUUCCCAAUGGACGGCCACGCCUGUCCUCUCAGGUUUGGAAGUUACGCCUACACAAGCAGUGAAAUCCUUUUCACUUGGAGGAAAGGACUAGUAGCAUCCGUCGAUUGUCCCGCUGAGUCCAUGAGUCUUCUGCAGUAUGACCUGGUGGGACAGACUUUGUCUAGUGAGAUAUUCAAAUCAAACACAGGUUACUACUCUGUGAUGGUGGUCCAUUUCUUCCUCAAGAGGAAGCUGGGCUACUACCUUAUACAGACUUACAUCCCUCUUAUUAUGGUUAUGGUGCUGUCACAAGUCUCUUUUUGGAUCAACAAAGAGUCUGUUCCUGCACGCACAGUUGCCGGCAUCACCACAGUGCUGACCAUGACCACCUUGAGCAUCAGUGCCCGUGAGUCACUGCCCAAAGUAGCCUAUGCCACCGCCAUGGACUGGUUCAUUGCCGUGUGUUUUGCCUUUGUGGCGUCGGCUCUUGUCGAGUUUGCCGCAGUCAACUAUUUUGCCACUCUCCAGGCCAACCGCCUGAAGAAGCAGAAAGCUCGACAAGACAAGCUUGAGGUGUUGGCUACCGGCAAUGAUGAUGACAACGCUGUGUCGGACUGCAGCCCUCAGGAAGGCUUGAAGAGGAGAAACCACUCAACGUGUCACACUGAGCCAGAAGAUGCUCAGACGGUGCCGAUAUUCCUCCAGCAGGGCUCAGCUUUUCCUCAAAUCCCACAGCUGGCUGGCACUAGCCCAAUCGACAAGUAUGCCCGUAUCCUCUUUCCUCUGGCCUUCGCCCUCUUCAACCUAGUCUACUGGUACAUCGACUUGGCCAAGGACACCAUGGAGAGUGCAAGGGAAGCGGUUCUUAGAAACUAA